GCCCCGAGCCCAGAGCGGGCCCCGGGACCCCUCCCGCGGACCCCCAUGGAGUCGGUGGCCUUGUACAGCUUCCAGGCGACGGAGGAGGACGAGCUGCCCUUCCACAAAGGGGACACGCUGAAGAUCCUCAACAUGGAGGAUGACCAGAACUGGUACAAGGCUGAGCUGUUCGGCCGCGAGGGUUUUGUCCCCAAAAACUACAUCAAGGUCAAGCCACACCCGUGGUACGCGGGCAGGAUCUCCCGGCACCUGGCAGAGGAGCGGCUGCUCCAGCGCAAUCACCUGGGAGCCUUCCUGAUCCGCGACAGCGAGAGCGCCCCGGGCGAGUUCUCCCUCUCCGUCAGCUACGGGAAGCACGUCCAGCACUUCAAGGUGCUCAGGGAGAGGAACGGCAAAUAUUUCCUCUGGGAGGAAAAGUUCAACUCCCUCAACGAGCUGGUGGAUUUCUACAGGAUGACCACGAUCGCCAAAGAGCAGCAGAUUUUCCUGUGGGAUGAGGACCAGGCCCAGGAGCCCUCAGCUUCCCUGCCGGUGAAGAGACCCCGAUUUGUGCAAGCCCAGUUCGACUUCUCAGCCCAGGAGGGCUCCCAGCUGCCCUUCCUCCGUGGGGACAUCAUUGAGGUCCUGGGCUGCCCCGACCCCAACUGGUGGCAGGGGAAGAUCUACGGCCGUGUCGGGCUCUUCCCACGGAGCUACGUCCACCCCAUCCACAAGUGA